CUUGACUAGGAUUUGGCAACCUUAGACGACGGUCGUGUUAACGUUGAAAUGAAAUAGAUCCAGGUGAAGCGUCGUUUUUUCCCCCAGUCCAAGGCUCAGUCAGGCGUUGGAGAUCUGCGCAGCCUGCUCUUCUCGUGAGGACCUGUAAGGAAGAGCCACCAUGGUUUGCAUUCCCUGCAUCGUCAUCCCGGUCCUGCUGUGGGUCUACAAAAGGUUCCUGGAGCCCUACUUCUACCCCAUCAUCUCUCCUUUUGUGAAGCGCCUGUGGCCCAAGAAAGCCGUGUUGGAAGCUGCGAAGCAAGACCAGAAGGACAGCUCUGGGGGCGGAGAGGAGCCACUGGCCACGCGCGAGUCUUCCACGGAGGAGGUUGAGCUUUCUAAAACCAAAAGCAAUGGGGUUGCAAACGGAUACGCUGGAAGCCAGCCUGCCGCGGUGUCUGACAAAAAGACGGAUUAAAGAAGCGUACGCUGCGGGGUGCAAACGGCUGCUGCGGGGAAUGAGCCGGUGAUGCCGUUUCCCCUUGGAAAAAAACCUUGUUGAGUUUUCAGCGGAAUGGAAACUUAAGACACUCUCAACACCCGACACCCUUUGGGAGACUCAGCAAAAUUCUGUCUAGGUAGCUGGGAAAAUACAGUUCUAAUACAUCGCUCUGUUUCUCUUGACAUUCCCUUUGCUGGAAUUUUUUUCCAGUUGGUGCAGUCGAUAGGGUAGAGGUUUCAAAGUCAAGGCUUUAUUAACUGUUGUGUUUUGUCAAGCUUCUGCUGUUUUAUUUAUUUCAGGGGUUUCCAGGUUUCCCACCGAGCAGCGGUGGGAGAAAACACACACGCCCCAGUUUUGCAGCAAUGUGACAUCACUUCCUGGGGAAACCUGGAAGCGAUGUCACAUCGCUCUAGGAAUCGACAGAAAUUCUGCGGCUUUACUGGUGAUGCUGUUCCCACUUUGGAAAAUGUUGGUUUUACCAUAGAGUUUCUGGCAGUUCUUAGAGCAGUGUAAUUUCACUUCUGUUCCCCCUCCCUAAGUGACAUCGUGGUGCACACGAUGCCAGCACCUUGCAUGUCUUGCCCCCCCCCCCCCCGUCUCCUGUCAGUUGUCGAGCAUAACCUGGCAGUGCUUCCUGAAACUCUUCAAGUCAGUUCUACACUUGUCUUAUGCGCUGUAGUCAAGCAGAGCAGGUUUGUAAAUAGUCAGAGCUUAGUAAUAUAUUACUAGGUGGUAAAUCCGUUCCUGUACAGUCCUGCCCUGGGUGGUUUGGCCGGCACCUGACAAUCUUGCAAAUGUCGUGGAACAAAAUGUGUAUGAGCGGGUUGGGUCCAUUUAGAAGGCAGCUCUGUUUUCAUGGGAGACAGCAUCCAAGUUGCUUUGUGGUUAGGCCUUUGUGGGAAGGAUUCUCUAGCUGGAGUGUUCACACCGGUGCAACGAUAGGGAGAAAAAACCCCUCCGUUGUAUCCUUCUAGCUCGUACAACAGCAAGCAGGCAUUCUUAAUAAAGUAUAUUUGUUUUA